AUGACCGCUUCGCAACCAAUAGAGUGCAAGGCCGCCGUUUGUUGGGCCGCUAAGGAGAAUUUUGUGCUGGAAGAUGUGAUUGUGGCACCUCCGCGCACCGGCGAGGUGCGCAUAAAGAUCCUGGCUACAGGCGUAUGCCACACUGACGAGUACACGCGGUCGGGAGCCGACGCGGAGGGUUUAUUUCCUGUCAUCAUGGGCCACGAAGGCGCUGGUAUCGUCGAGAGCGUGGGACCCAAUGUGACCAGCGUUAAAGUAGGCGACCAUGUCGUGCCAUGCUAUACACCACAGUGUCGCAACUGCAAGUUCUGCAAGUCCAGCAAAACGAACUUAUGCUCCGUCAUCCGUAACACCCAGGGAAAAGGAUUAAUGCCCGACGGCACAUCACGCUUCACGUGCAAGCGCAACGGAGAGAUGAUUUUUCACUUUAUGGGUACGUCCACUUUCUCAGAAUACACGGUACUACCUGAGAUCUCAGUCGCCAAGAUUGACAUCUCGGCCCCUUUGGAUAAAGUGUGUCUGCUCGGCUGCGGUAUCACCACUGGCUACGGCGCUGUUAUCAACAAUAUGAAGGUAGAAAAUAGAUCUACUGUGGCUGUGUUUGGUCUCGGUGCCGUGGGUCUUGCUGUCGUCAUGGGAGCCAAGGCUGCGGGCGCAAGGAAAAUUAUUGCUAUUGAUAUUAAUCCUAAAAAAUUCCCUAUUGCUAAAGAUUUUGGUGCCACUCAGUGCGUAAACCCUAAAGAUUAUGGCGAUCGCCCGAUCCAAGAUGUGUUAAUUGAGAUGACAGAGGAAGAUGGUUAUGGUGGACUGGAUUAUACAUUCGAGUGUAUUGGCCAACCUGAGACGAUGCGUGCUGCGCUUGAGUGCUGUCACAAAGGUUGGGGUCAGUCGUGUAUUAUUGGCGUUGCAGCUUCUGGUGUAGAGCUAGCUACUCGCCCGUUCCAGCUCGUGACAGGCCGUCGUUGGGCAGGUAGUGCCUUUGGUGGCUUCAAAAGCCGUGACGGUGUACCUGAGUUGGUGAACAAGUACAUGAAGAACGAGAUUAAAUUAGACGAGUUCAUAACCCACAAAUUUGACCUCUCGCAGAUUAAUGAUGCGUUUCAUGCUAUGAACGAGGGUGAUUGCAUUCGUACUACUGAGAAAGAGAAGUCGUUAGAGAAGCUGGUUCAAAGUAUACUCGUGCACCAGAUUUGUCGCGCGAUGAAACUUGAAAAUGCGUAUACAUCACCGCAUUUAUCAUAA